GUUUGCUAGUGUGUUACACCGCUAGCUAGCCAUUUUGGCAUAAGAAGAUUUGCCUGCCAUUUGUUGCGUCUGAAGGACUUAGGAGGCUGUGCGCUUCUUUAUCUCUCGCAUACUUUCGAGCGGAUAGCUGUCACUUGCGUUUGACAGCACAAGAGCGUCUAUAAGAGGCAGUGAAGAUCUUUGCAAACAAGGAGGCAGUGAGACAGCGGAGGCAAUGAGGACAUCUAUCAUAGUAGCAGCCCUGCUGCAACACGCUCUGUCCUUCUUCGCCCCGCCCGUACGAGUCGCACCGUCGCUGCGUGUAAAGUCGGCAACGCGGGCCACGCCCGACGACGACGCGACCGCUACGGCAGUGGAGGACGCCGUCGCUGCGGUAGAGGACGACGCGACGCCGAAGCGACGCCCGCUUCGCAACCUAUGGCGGCGGAUUAGGCGAAAAAAAACGGAGGAGCCUUCUGAGCCCGAGCCCAAGCAGCCGCCCCUAAAGGUCGGCGAGACUGUCGUGGUCGAGGCGACGGGCCGGAGCGGCAAGGUGAGCCUCGUCGCGGCGAACGGGUGGUGUCAAGUGACUUAUGAUGACGAGGAGUGCGAGGGCCAGACGGAGACGCUGCAGUGCCCCGACCUCAUGCGCGAGGAGGCGGCCCUCGCAGAGACGAUAGACGCGGAGGUGUCGGACUUCGACGAGGUCCUCAUCAAGUGGGGGUUCGUCAGUAACUGCGUGGAAAUCAAAUUUCAGGCGCCCCACGCCAUCGACGCGACGUAGUUCGCGUAACUCACUGGUCGAUUUCUAUACAGAAGGAGGACCCGCGCAUCCCGGAGGAGUGUCGGGUCGACCAGAUGACCCGCAUAAAGGACAGCGGACAAGCCGGCGUCAUCGCCUACGCGAUCACGGAAGCUGGUUUUUGGGUCGGCAGCGUGCCGUUCGCCCUCGGCGCCGCGUACGUCGCGACGGGCGAGAUCCCGGACUGGACGACCGAGGAGGGCAAGACGGCAUUGGGCGGCUACGCCUUCGUGCUGAUCAACUUCGCGCGGCUGAUCGUGCCCGCGCGGAUAGCCCUGGCGCUGGCGUUCGCGCCGUGGGUGGACGAGAACAUCGUGAAGCGGAUCAAUCCACCGGACCCGGCGGACUUGCCUGAGGACUGCGUCGUCGAGGAGGCGGGUGCGGAGUAAUGUAUACUUAUCCUACGAA